CCCUGGUGCAAAGAAGCACUCACAGAGUCUUACAAACGAUCUUAUUGCUCGCUUUAAGGCUAGUAUGGUCCCUGCGAGCCAUCGCUUAAUGAUGUCACAAGGUAUGCAACGACCGCAAGAACUGAAUACGAUGCCGGAGCGCAGCCUUUUCAAGUCUUAUGAGGCUAUGUUCCGACUGAGGAGUGUGAUCGCAGGUAUUAGAAUACCGCUUAUCCUCGUUCACUUUACAUAGAACCCUAAAAAUCACCCUCAUAAACUACUCCAUAGCCAUUUCGUUAUAUCAAAAACCACACCGAUACAUUGUACAGCCUCUGUCCAUCCCCUUCACUGAACGACCAACCCACCCUUCCAAGAAUGGCAUCCCAACAGCCAGCAAGCAUCCCAGAUGACAAAAGCCAACAACAAGACACCAUCGACCGAAGCGAUCCUAAGAACCAGCUGAUCCGCGACCCCAUGACCGGGAUGAUCUAUGACCCCGUUACAAAGAAGUUGUACCCUCCCCCAACGGAAAAAGAUACCAAAGAUCACGAUUCCGACGAUGAGAGUCUUAAGAAGGGCGAUAAAGAGCAGACGAAAGAGAAAUUGACAUUCAAGGAGAAGAUGAAGAUGUACACCCAACAGGGAAUCAACGCUAUUGCGCAGCCGGGCUCCACCAACUGGGUAUAA